GCUUGGUGCUUCGGCGGUGGUGACAAAGCAUCAGGAAUCGUCGCCAUGCGCUUGUGGAGCGUUCUCUCCGGCGGUGGCGGCGGGUACUUCUCCGUGUACAUGGUCCUUGGCAUAGCGUUAAUUGCCAAAGCACUCCAAGAAUCAUGGCUUGCCGCGUUCCGACAGCAUGAAGCUCUCGUGGCCGCAGGGAAGUCGCGGCGGUUGGCCAAACUUCGCUUUGGGUUCUGGUCGCUCAUGUGGAAUCAUGUCAGUGCACGAUGGCUGUAUUGGGUACCAGGGCUUGCACUGCUUCUUAUAUGGCUGUGGACUCGUCAUGGGCCCACAUUUUGGUCCGACACCACGGACGACGUCGUGGACGUCACGGACAUGCCACCGUUAGAGCCCAUCGAUCUCGACCUGCCUCGAUCUUCAAAUCACGCGAAACCAUCGCCGGUUCCGUCGCCCAAGCCAAAGAAAGCCCCAUCUGUGCAGUCGAGUCGGCCUCACACCACAAAACAUCGCUCCAGUGAGCAGGUCCACGACGAAGCGUCCGUCCGGCGAAGAAAGAAGCGAUUCGAAGCAUUGCUGGCACACAAAGCAGAGUUCGAAACGCAGCCGCGACCACCCAAGCCGCAAGGCUGGCUUGUGUACGACCCGGUGCUGGGCAAGCUCGUCGUCGCCGCGACAGGCCAGCCAGCCCCCGACAAGUAACCAUGCAACAAGCACUUGUUCCUAUUCUUCGAACUCCUCCAUGGGUUCUUGAAAAGCAUCGCUGACCACGU